UAACUAUAAUUCAUAUGGGUAGGCCAAUGUGCGUGGACUUCGUUGACUUGAUUUAGUCACAGUAACGUGUCUAAGACUCUUAAGUGUCACUAUUUUAGUCCUUGUUGCCAUUACGCUUGUUAUUUGAUUCUUCUGCUUUAUAAGGCCAUUGAAUUUGCUGAAAUGCUGAAGUAAAGAAGCCUGAAAAAAAAUAUAUAAAAAAAAAGAACGGAUUUCUGAAGAAACUCAAACAGAAAAUAAUGAUGAAUUCCGAAGGUGGCAAUGAAGAUUGCUUAGGUUGGGCAGCAAGAGAUGCAUCUGGUGUUCUCUCACCAUACAAAUUCAGUCGCAAGGCUGUAGGAAACGAUGAUGUUUAUGUUAAGAUCACACACUGCGGUAUUUGUUAUGCUGAUGUAGUUUCCACAAGGAAUUCAUUUGGUGCCACAAAUUACCCUGUUGUGCCCGGACAUGAGAUUGCAGGCAUUGUGACAAAGGUUGGUUCCAAUGUCCAACGUUUCAAUGUUGGUGAUCAUGUUGGAGUAGGGACUUAUGUUAACUCGUGCCGCGACUGCCGAAAUUGCAAUGCAGGACUUGAAAUUCAAUGUGGUAAAGGACGAGUUUUUACUUAUGAUAGUGUUGAUUCUGAUGGUACAAUCACAAAAGGAGGAUACUCCACUUUCAUAGUAGUUCAUCAUAGGUAUUGUUUUAUGAUACCAAAGAGCUAUCCAUUGGCUUCAGCAGCACCUUUGCUCUGUGCCGGAAUCACUGUUUAUUCGCCGAUGAUUCGUCACAAUAUGAAUCAGCCUGGUAAAUCUCUAGGAGUUAUUGGCCUUGGUGGCCUUGGUCAUAUGGCAGUUAAAUUUGGAAAGGCUUUUGGUUUGGAUGUAACAGUUUUCAGCACCAGCAUAUCUAAAAAAGAUGAGGCCCUAAAUCUUCUUGGUGCAGAUAAUUUUGUUGUUUCAUCUGAUCAAGAACAAAUGAGUGCAUUGGCUGAGUCAUUAGACUUUAUAAUUGACACAGCAUCUGGUAAUCACCCUUUUGAUCCUUACAUGUUUCUUCUGAAAACAUGUGGUGUCUUAGUCUUAGUUGGGGCUCCAAGUGAAAUCAAAUUAAGCCCAGGAAGCCUUAUUGGUGGGAUGAGAAGCAUUUCUGGAAGUGCUGCAGGAGGCACAAAAGAUACCCAAGAGAUGAUUGAUUUGUGUGCUGAAAAGGAGAUUUAUCCAAAUAUAGAAGUGAUUCCCAUUGAAUAUGCUAAUGAAGCUUUUGAAAGGAUCAUAAACAAAGAUGUCAAGUAUAGGUUUGUGAUAGACAUUGAAAAUUCCCUCAAGUAACAGGACUGUUAAUGUCUUUAGUGUUGAAUAGUUUCUUAUUAAUAAUUAAUGAGUUGAGUGAGGAAUUUCAAAUUCUGAGAGAACAAUAGUUGCUAGAUUAUAAAGAAAGGAUAGGAAUCAUUACAUGCUGCUACACUAAAAUACUAAGUUCUUCUGCAUUAUUAGCACUUAAGCAUAGUUGUAUUUGACAAAAUUAAUUAGUAAACAUUUAUUUAAUAUAUAGUGAAAGCAUGAAAGAUGACUAGACCAGUAAUUAAUAAAAAGAUACCACUAAUUCAGAAUCUUCCUGUCACAAGGAAGACAAAAAAAAAUAUUAUUGUAAUUCGUUAACGUAUUUUUAUGGGAGCUUAUGAAUAAAUAAAAGUAUUAUUACCAUGUUUGAUUCA